UCGCAGGGCACAUAGGAACAAACAACCAUUUGCACUCACAUUCACACCUACGGGCAAUUUAGACUGAUUAGUAAUUUGUUUAUAUAGUUGUAGCUGAAUAAUUAAAAUAAGCAAACUGUGUAAUGACAAUAAAGAUGCAAAUUAUUUAAAAAUAAAAAUGAAGCAAGCCUUUUCACUGCACUGUCUGCCAUAAAACAAAUUAAACUAAGUUGGUUCUAAUAUUUGCUGUGGAACCGCAUGAAAAAAAAAAAUCUUUUAAUUAAUACUGAUUUUGGAAUUACUUCAUUAUUUUGUUUAUACAUAUUCGCUGUCUUUGCCGACAUUGUUGAAGUUUUAAAAGAAAGUAAUAAAAAAAAAAAAGACGUCCAAAAAAUGACAGCUGUGCGUGCGUGCGCGCUCACGUCCUGUACGUCAACGUCAUCCGUGACGCAAUUGCCCUUCCGAUCCGACGAAAUCCCAGCGGCGGCGCGCGCGCUCCCACACGGCGUUGAAUGGGGGCAGUCCAACUCAAAUCGAGAAAUUAGUCCCUUGUCUCUUCGCUCUACACGCCGGUAGUUUACACUCGCCCUGCGCCACCACCGGGCACCAGCUAGCACGGUAGCUCGCCCCGAUAAGAGGGAAAAGAAAAGACCAAAAAAAAAAAGUCCACCGUCGAGUUCGGGCCAGCGUGUCGUCGCCUUUCUUCGCAGCCGAGUGAAGCAGCGAAGCGACGGGUGGAGUUGCGCGUGAGAGUGUGUCCAGGAAUGAGCAAUGAUGGCCGGCUGUGCAGCAGAGGAGAAAACCUUCCGACGGUUCCUGGAGCUCUUUCUCCGGGAGAUGAGCCCUCCUCUGCAGGACAGCGACCCGCUGCCCUGUCGCCCCUUGACGGACCUGGUGUGCGAGGACGAGGUGGAGGGGGAAUGCCUCGAUUUGUGUCUGCAGCACCUCUACAAAUAUAACUGCCCGUGCUCGCUGGCGGCGGCCUUGGCCAGGGCAACGUCGGACAGCAUCCUACAGAGCGACCUCACCAUCCACCACCUCAUCAAGAGCGUGGAAGACGGAGUUGGCCCUUUACCGCAGAUCGAGGCGGUCAAGUUGGCGCGGCUCAUCUUCAACCGGCUCUUCGAGACGUGCGGCGCGUGGACCAAGGAGCUGCCCUACCGCCGCCGCCCGCAGCCCUACUACGAGACGUCCAUCCACGCCAUCAAGAACAUGAGGCGCAAGAUGGAGGACAGGCACAUCAUCAUCCCUGACUUCAACACACUCUUCAACAUUCAGGAUCAGGAAGAACAGGCAUUCUUUGCCGUGUUUGACGGACACGGUGGUGUGGAUGCCGCCAUUUACGCCGCCAACCAUCUCCACGUCAACCUGGCGCGCCAGGACUCUCUAAGCCAGGACCCCGGCGAAGCCCUCCGUCGCGCCUUUAAAAUCACAGACGAGCACUUUGUCAAGAAAGCGUCGCGGGAGAACCUGCGCUGCGGCACGACGGGCGUGGUGACGUUCCUCCGCGGUCGGACGUUGCACGUGGCCUGGCUGGGUGACUCCCAGGUCAUUCUGGUCCGCCGGGGGGAAGUGGUGGAGCUGAUGAAACCGCAUAAACCAGACAGAGAGGACGAGAAGCAAAGGAUCGAAGCUCUGGGAGGCUGCGUGAUCUGGUUCGGGACCUGGAGGGUUAACGGCAGUCUGUCGGUAUCCAGAGCCAUAGGCGACUCGGAGCACAAACCCUACAUCUGCGGAGACGCCGACCACGCCGCCUUCCCGCUGGACGGCUCGGAGGACUAUCUGCUCCUGGCCUGCGACGGCUUCUGGGACACGGUGAGUCCGGACGAGGCGGUCCGCGUGGUGAGCGACCACCUCCAGGAGAACACCGGCGACACCGCCAUGGUGGCGCACAAGCUGGUGGCCUCGGCCCGCGACGCCGGCUCCAGCGACAACAUCACCGUCAUCGCCGUCUUCCUGCGGGACCCGCGCACCCUGCCGGCGCCCGCCAGCACUGAAGAGGACGAGGACGAGGGCGCGACAGAGGCCGAGGCGGAAGAGGAGCCCGUGGCGGAGGCGGAGGAGGAACCAGAAGAGGAGGAAGAGGAGGAGGCGGCUAGGGCGGAGCGAGGCGGAGAGGGGGGCAGCGCAGCGGACAACGGGGGGAAAAGCCGCGGCGGCUGGCCCCUGCAGCAGUGCUCGGCCCCCGCCGACCUCGGCUACGAAGACCGGACGGACUCCUUCACGGACAGAACCAGCCUCAGCCUAGUGGGGCCCGCGCUGGGGGGCCGCAUCCCUUUCGUCCGGGGCUCGCGCUUCUUCGAGAAACACCCACUGAAGCGCAGGCCCCGCCGCACUUUCACAGACCCACUGGGGCCCCAGACCGCCUCGCUGUUCAGCCGGGGCCCCGGGCCAAGUCGCAGGUUCGCCGGCCUCAGGUGGCACCGUCGAUUCGCCGAGCCUCUAGAUUGCGCGCCCCUCUACGCCAGCCGGAGACCUGGCGUGGGCGCGCCCCGACUGCCCCGCGACGCCGCCAUCUAAUGCGGGCCACCGCCCAAACAUGGAACCACCUCCCUCCAGUUAAUCCUCCUCCUAUCCGACACAUUUUUUUUGUUUCUUUUUGGAUAGUUUAGACAGUUGUGGCUCCUGCGUUCGUAAACGUGACUAUUGACUGGUCCUGUCUGUCCAGGGGGAAAAAACAAACAAAAAAAACCAAAUAUGUGUCAUCCAAGCCCACCAAACACAAGCUUCGCUUCAAAGUAUCCCACAUCAUCGUGAAGCUGCAAAGUGGUUUUGCUCACGAGAUGGGACUGAUCGUUCAGUCCGCAUAUUAACCAUCAAUGCCAUUGAUAUCUUUAUUGGGAUGGGGGAGUCCCUCUCUGAAUGUUCUGAACUCCCGUUUUCACACCAUUGUCGUCAUUAGGCCGAAAAAAUCCUGCAGGAAUUGUGUAUCCGCAGCGUGGGUGUAGCUCCCAAAGCUAACGUCAUGUUGUUCUUCUUACUUAGACGGCAAACUAACUGAGACAAAAGCAACAGCGCCUCUGCUGGUUACGGCCAAGCGGUGCGCUCCAUUUUGCCUCCAUUGCACUAAGGCGCGAUCAGUUUAUUCUGCGGGAUUGGCGGAAUUCACCAUUACUCGAUCGGUAUACCCUUCGCCAUUUAGUAGGUUAACUAGCGCUGCGGAACGCCUAUGCCUGCAAAAAUGUGGAAUUCAAUUUUUCUGCUACCGCAACACCAAAACGUGUAAUCUUGACAUGUCGUUCAAUCAAAAGCAUAUACCGGUAUUUUCAAAUUGGCCCUUUUUUCACCAAAAAAAAACAAAGAACAACCACCUUUUUCGGAUUUACAGUUUUUCACAUUUUAUGGGUGCGUCAGCAAAUUUCACCGCCAUUCUUCGCCCACACACAAUGACAACAACUCGAAUUUGCAAAUUAGCCUUGUCCAUCUGUCGAGUAAAUGUUUCAAGUUGUAUCAUUUUCUUCCUAUAUUCUUAAAAAUAGUUCUUAAAAAAACUUUUUGUUUUAUGGCGAGUCAUCAAACUUCGCUCGAUUCACAUAGCAUAACGAAAACUUAAAUUGUUUCCCCACGUAGCAUGUUGCUAAGUGAAAUUGGAUUCAUGUUUUUUGGGAUAAAAGCAAAACAAAUUUGGCAGUGCUGGUACAUGCUUUUUUUUUGGUCAGGAGGAUAAUUCCUUUCAGGUUUUGGCACCGAUGCCACUGACCCCUCUCUCAUUCCGCCGUUGACCCGACCCAUUAUCCACCUGCGGCUCGUUGUACGAUAAGAGCACUUAAACGGCGGAUUACGGAAGAUUAGUAGUCACUUACCUGAUCAGAUAUGGUAUCGUGGUUUUCCCCGAUGCAGAUUUAGCCCCUGCGCUGCGCUAAUGGAUUUUUGUGAGAGGACAAAGGCUAUGCGGUGCAUUGACGUCGGCGAACGUUAAUUAUUAUCAGCGCAACACGGCGUGGACGCUUUGAACGCUCCAGACCAUGUGCCUUCUUCCCCAAGAACUUACUUAUACAUCACGGUCGAGACUGGAUCGUUAUCCUAUCGUAUUUGUGCCACUUUCCCAAAGAAACGUUGUCUUAAACUAGCAUCAUGACUGAAAACCGACUAGCCAGCUAGCUAAAAUAUUAACAAAGUGGUCCAAGCAAAAUUAGUUUGGUUUCCGAUGAUACCAGGAAAAGUUGUCUUAAAAAUAGCCAAAUAACUGGAAACCAACUAGCCAGCGAGUCAACUCUCCAAGUAAAGAGAGAGAAAUCUAAAUAUCAACAUAGUGGUCCAAGGUAUUUUUUUGCUCUCUAGUUUCCCAGUCUUCAUGCUAAGCUGUUUGCUUACAUAAAUGCAUAAUAAGCUGACCAUCAGCUCAUCUUUGAACAUUGCACAUUUUUUGUCGCUAACCAUCCUAAGCUCGCUAACGCAACACGUUUUCUUGUCUGUAAAUAAAGCUACAGUGUUAUCUCCUCUGCGAUGCUAAAAGAGAGCUAACGUCAAUAGCCGCGUGAUCCGUGGCUCCACUUUGCUCCAGAAAUACCAAACAACAUAAUCAUGCCAAAGUAAUCCUCCUAAUAAAUUGAUAUGGUGACACUUUAUGGAUGGACAUUACACGAGAACCUUAUGCUAAAUAACCGCAUUGAAUUCUUAGCUCCGAGUUACAACAGCAUUUAAUGAACAAUGAUUGAUUUAGUAUUACUCAGAAAUUAUAUAUUUUUAAUUUGGUCAUUUGAUUUCAUACAAAGGCGGAUUUCAGUUGCGGAAUGAAUACUAUUCAGCGCUUGCGUACUUGGUGAAGUCGACCAAUGAAUUUUCUGCCUUUGGAGGUAGCAUCACAAGCCUCUUUUCCACUGCCUUUAAAAGCUGUAAUUUCCCCCAAUUUUAUGCUGGUCAUUGUUCUGAAUUGGCGGGAUAAAGUUCACCCUGCAGUUCUACGCAAAGACGAAAAAAAAACCGGUCUUUUUCCACAUCACUGUUCUGCAUAAAUUGCAUCAACACGGAAAUGGGAGGAAGUAGUCAACCUGGCAAUUUUCCAUAUUUGAAGGUAGUCUCAGAUGGCACUUUUACAAUACCCUUACAUUUUAAAAUUGUUCUUUUUCAUUUUUGUUCCAGAACUUCCUAUCUUUUUCUGCAAUGAACUGGCAUUUUUCGUGUCUCCGGCAAAUUUUCCGCCUUUAGGGGUAGUAACAGAUUUGGGGCUAUGUGUAUUUGGUCAUACCGGAACAGGAGUGUGAAGUUCAACAGCCGACACUCACAUCUGCCGCGCUGUUGUGUUGAAAGCAAUUAUCCCGACAGUUGCUGAUCUAUCGGAUUGCUGUGUCUCUGUGUGAAAGCAGCCAGCAAGGUGGACAAAUUGUAUUUUGCGGGCUCUCUGUGUGAUGUUGAAUGACAGUGUGAGCGCCACCUGUCUGUCAAAGACUGUCACUGUUUUCCUGCUGCUCCAUCCAGUACACAUGACCACUAAUAAUCGGUCAAUCGUUGUGAUGAACAUACCGUAUCUGCAGCUUUAAUUUAGCCGCCUUAAACCACAUCUUGCCAAUCACAAUAUAUAGGCCUCACAAAAGGUCGGUGACAUUGGGUGUUUCCCACUUCUACAUCUUUCUGUGACUCUUCCAGUCUCUCUAUACCUCUGUUGCAACCUGUUGAUGACAUCAUCGGCACCUGAGAUCUGACCUGGGGUGGAAGAGAAGUGGCAGUAAAACAGGCCAAAAUCCAAAUGUCAGGAGUGUAUAGUAUCAUCUUGAAGUUGCAACAGAGAGACCGGAAGAUUCACAGAAAGGCCUAAAAUCUCGAACUUUUUGUGAAUAGUGUAUACCAGUAGUUGGUAGAAGCUUUUAUUUUGAGAGCACACAGCAUCUUGCAAUAAUGACGCUUUUUCAAUUCUAAUAAUCCUCUGUGAAUUUAUCAGUAAGGAUGUUUUAUAUUAGCUAAUACAUGACUAAUACUGCUUUAAUUACGUCAUUAUGUCAAGAUCCUUUACUGCUGUGCUGUUUUGAAAAACAAUUAUUCAUUGUCACCGUACAAGCAAUAAAUCAAAGUUGGCCAUAAUGCCCGGUGGUAAUUUCUGAGGAAUCUUUACCCCUUCAUCAUGAUGAAAUCGAGCACAGUCGAAGUAAAAAAAUCACCUAAAACACUUUUCAACUAUUUUGUCCUUGCUCACAUUUUCCAUGCAAUAAGGUAAUAGUUCUUUGUACACCAACUAAAAGGCUUUUUUGUCAAAUAUGGUUUUGAAAAACGUUAACACUCAAUUGGUGAGCACUGGAGUUAAUUUACAAAAAACAAAACUUGUAAUGGCCAAUAAUGUGGUAGCAUGAUGUACAACAUGCAUUGGAACCACUUCAUAUGUAAUUAUCCCUUGAUUGUCUAGCAAAAUAUGUACCAUUUAUAUGAACAUAAUUUUGUUUUAAAAGGAAAAAAAAUAUUAAAAUCUGAAAAGCAUUAAAAAAUGACGCCAAAAAGUAUACAGUUUGAGAAACAGAAAUGUACCCACAAUACCCAACCAAGUAAAAAUAAUUUACCGGAAGUAAUAUUUUGCACAUUUUAAUACAUAGAGAAAAAAAUCCUUCAUUUUUAGAAAAUGGGAGCAAAGACAAAAAAUAAUUUUUGAAGCCAUAUGAGCAAAUGAGAACGAGAGCGGGCAAACUUUAUUUUUGUCAUUUUGCAGGAGAGGGAGUUUUGUGGCUGCAAUAACAUCCGGAAAAUUUAUAUCUCGGUGAUUCAUACGGCAAUUAUUACUUCUUCUGGACACGUGUUUUUAUUAGGAUUUUGGCAUUUUGAAACUUAUCCAUAGCUGAGGUACUGUCAUCAUCUUCGUCGUGUCGUAGGUCGAAAUAAUUUAUUAAAGUUAAAAAAUGGAGUUAGCCCACUCUAGUUCUCCGUGGCUCAUUUUGGUUGCGUGUGUAAGAGCCCUUCAAGAUCUUCACUGUCUAUUUACACAGAAAUGUUUUUUUUCUUCUCUCUGUAAGCAAUAAUGCGUUGGGAAAAAAAAAAUUAAAAGUUCUCCGGGGGUUUGUCUGGUGGACAAAACCUGCGCGCACUGAAGACAAAGCCCCCGUGAUGAUGUGCAGGUUAAGUUUAAACAAAGUAUUAAAGAAAAAAAUAAUCAGUAUCUGUAUGAUGUGUGUUCCUGUAGUAUAUACAGUAAAUAAUACGUGUACUGUAACUGGUGACUAACUAUCAUGUAUAUAAAGACUAGAACAACUCCA